CAUGACACAGGAACAUAGCCCCUGGGUAUAUACACGUAAACGUUACUGGCUACGUAAGAGGGCCGAGAUAACGGCAUUGGGAUCUGGUAAGCGCCGGUGGGUGGGGCGGAGAAAGGAGGAGUAAGAAGUCGGCGUUGAGGAAUCGUGGCGCGAGCGAUCUUGCGAGUGUUUUGUAAGAGUGGCUGCUCGAAAAGGAGUAAUCAUGGCUUCUAAUCCAAGUGUAUUGAUGCGUCUUGUAGCCUCAGCAUAUUCUGUUGCUAAUAAAGCAGGAGCAAUUGUCAGAAAAGUUAUGUCUGGAGGAGAACUGGACAUAGUGGAGAAGUGUGGAGCUAAUGACUUGCAGACUAAAGCUGAUCGAUUGGUACAGAUGAGCAUUUGUUCAUCCUUGCUCCAUACGUUUCCUAAGGUGACAAUCAUAGGUGAAGAGGAUCUUCCCUCUGAAGAAGUAGAUGAAGACUUACUUGAGAAAAGCCAAUGUGAGGAAAUACUGAAGCAAACUUGUCCACCACAGUAUACUGCCAUCAAAGAGGAAGAGCUUGUUGUAUGGGUCGAUCCUCUGGAUGGAACAAAAGAAUAUACUGAAGGACUUCUUGACCACGUUACAGUUCUUAUUGGUAUAGCUUACCAAGGAAAAGCUAUUGCAGGUGUCAUUAAUCAACCAUACUACAACUAUGAGACAGGUGCAGAUGCAGUUCUAGGCAGGACAAUAUGGGGAAUCCUUGGUUUGGGCGCCUUUGGGUUUCAGCUGAAAGAGGUACCAGCUGGGAAGCAUAUCAUCACCACCACAAGGUCACACAGCAGCAAGAUGGUAAAUGACUGUAUUAGUGCAAUGAACCCUGAUAGUGUGGUGAGAGUUGGAGGUGCUGGUAAUAAGAUUAUUCAACUUGUAGAAGGCAAAGCUUCUGCUUAUGUAUUUGCCAGUCCUGGGUGCAAGAAGUGGGAUACAUGUGCACCAGAGGCUAUUUUGCAUGCAGUUGGAGGCAAGCUUACUGAUAUUCAUGGGAACUUAUUUCAUUAUAAUAAAGAGGUCAAGCACAUGAAUUCAGGAGGAGUCCUUGCUGCCUUAAAAAAUCAUGACUAUUACGCCUGUCGAGUUCCUGAGACAGUCAAACAAGCCCUUGUGCCCUAAAAUGCAGCAGAUAGUGCAUUCCAUUUGGCUGGGAAGAACAACUUAGCUGAAACAAGUUGCAAUUUUUGAUAGAGCAUCCCUUUGAUUCAGUUCCAUGAUCUUUAGUUAGAAAUUUGUUGCUUACUUAACUUACUGUACAUUCCUGAUAAACCUGAGAUUUUUGUUUUCAGUUGGAAUAAUAGUGACCUCAGUUGUCCAGCUCUGUUAAUGUUUAACAUUGCCAUAUAUGCAUGUCUACUGAAUUAUCAAAUCCUUAUUCAGCCUGUAUCUUAAUUUGAAGGAGAGGAUAAAUUAACCUUAGUUACUUCAAAUAAAUGAAUUUUGUAUGCAA